AUCCUUUAUCUCACUAAAAAGUAAAAACAAUAUAAUUAUUCAUUUCAGAACUUUAUACUUAAAGAAAUAUUGUUAUCUCGUUUUCGGAGUAUGUAACACGCAUGAGUGGUCUCCCAUCGGCAGUUAUCAUAAUCGUCUUCUUCUCUCUUUCUCCUCCUCGGGCGAUGGGUGGAACUAGCAAGAAGAGAUGGUUCUCCUUCCACCAACGAUCAGCUUCCGCCACCACUGCAACCGUACCGCAACACAAACACGACGAGACUCCACCGGAGUUACUUUGUCCCAUAACAGGAUUCCUCAUGUCUGAUCCCGUUGUUGUCCCAUCUGGUCAAACCUUCGAGCGUCUCUCCGUUCAAAUAUGUCGUAACUUAGGAUACGUACCAGAUCUCCUAGACGGAACCCGACCCGAUUUCUCCACCGUCAUCCCCAACCUCGCCAUGAAGUCCACCAUUUUCAGCUGGUGUGACCGUAACAAAGUUGACCAUCCUCGUCCUCCUGACUCUGCCUACGUUGAAAACGUGGUUCGUGCCCGCAUAGAUAAAGAUCCGGCACAACCAAAUCGGACUCUAGAGCCUGAGUUUCUCCUUCCAUUGGCUGAGAAUUCACCUUUUGAUUACGAUACUGUAAUGGAGGCGAUACGAGCACGUUCCAUGAACUCCCUGUCGCCGACAACAUCACCCAAGUCAGUUACGGUCGGACAGAGUCCAUAUCAUCCGACAAAAGCCGUUAGAGCGUUCUCUUCUUCUUCCACUACUUCAUCAGGAGUUUAUGUCGGAGCUGAAACUCCAAACGCUAUCUCUUUCUCUUCUCCAAUGUCGGCGGAAGAAGAAGAUAUCUUUAUCAAGCUAAGAACUGGCGACAUUUUCGACCACGAGCAAGGUCUCGUCUUACUUAGGAAGAUGACAAGAUCCAGCGAGGAUCUUCGAGUCUCGCUCUGCACGGACCGUAUCCUCUCCUUCCUCCGAUCAUUUCUCGUUUCACGGUACAACCUCGUUCAGACAAACGCCGCAGCUUCUUUGGUCAACCUCUCGCUCGAGAAACAGAACAAAGUGAAGAUAGUACGUUCAGGUUUCGUUCCCUUGUUAAUCGACGUUUUGAAGUCGGGAACAACGGAGGCUCAGGAGCACGUCGCCGGAGCUUUGUUUAGUUUAGCGUUGGAAGACAAGAACAAGAUGGUGAUCGGAGUUCUCGGCGCGGUGGAGCCUCUCCUCCAUGCUCUACGUUCUUCAGAGAGCGAGAGAGCGCGUGGAGACGCGGCUCUUGCGUUGUAUCACUUAUCUUUGGUUCCGAGUAAUAGGACUAGGCUGGUUAGAGCGGGUGCGGUGGCGACUCUGCUUCCUAUGGUUAGGUCCAGUGAGUCCACGAGUAGGAUACUCUUGGUGUUAAGUAACCUCGCGGCUUGUCCUGAGGGGAAAGGAGCAAUGCUGGAGGGCAACGCUGUGGCGAUUCUAGUAGGGAAGCUUAGGGAAGGUGGAGAUGAUUCCGAGGCGGCGCGUGAGAACUGUGUGGCGGUUUUGUUAAUGCUUUGUCAAGGGAAUAUGAGGUUUAGGGGGUUGGCGAGUGAGGUGGGAGCUGAGGAAGUGUUGAAGGAAGUGGGGGAGAGUGGGAAUGGGAGAGUGAAGGAGAAUGCGGCGAAGAUUCUGCAGGCGAUGAGAGGAGGAAGCGGUGGGGAUAGUGCGUUUGGAGAAAAUGCGGAGGCGCGUGAACGGAACCAUAUGCUUGAAGCGACUGGGUUGAGUCGGAAUCAGUUUCAAGGAGGACAAAACGGGGGUUUCGCUUGUUCUUCCCAGUUUUAGCUUUUUUUUUUGUUUUGAUUAUCUUCACUCUGGUGUCAAAAAAAAAAGAAGAUUAUCUUCACUCUUUGAGGUGUUUCAUUUUUCUUUGGAUCUAAAUGAUGAGUAACAAAGGCAAAUUGUGUAGUAUUUAUAUUAUUUUUUGCAUGUAAAAUCUUUUUGUUUAAAGUACUAACUAAUAAAGU